AUGGCAUAUGGGUGGCCUCAGGUCAUCCCUCUCGAGCAAGGACUGUGUCCAUCUGCACAGAAGAUUGUGUACCUCAAAGUCAUCAAUCGCUCGUUGCUCGUUGUCUCCCCCACUCACUUUGAACUUUGGAGCACUUCCCAGCAUAGAGUGAGAUUGGGAAAGUACAAGAGAAAUUCAGAUUCAUUGCAGAGGGAAGGAGAAAACUUGGAGGCCGCGUGGAGCCCUGAUGCCAAAUUAAUUGCUAUUCUUACAUCUACAUUCUUUCUUCACAUUUUCAAGGUCCAGUUCUCAGAGAAAAGAAUACACACUGGUGGGAAGCAACCCUCUGCUUUGUGCCUAGCUAGUAUUUCUCUUCUGCUUACAGAGCAAGUUCCUUUUACAUGUGAUCUUGAUACUUCUCUUUAUACUACUGUUUUGCCAGGAGCAAUAUUGUUAGUGAUAACAAGCAUAUGCUACUUGGACUUUCUGAUGGAACUUUAUACAUUCUAUGGGGCUUUUGAAUUUGAUCCACAACCCACUGCUAGCUUUGACAAUUCUCAAAUGCCACUUACUCUAGAGAAUGGUCUUUCUCCUAAAAGACACCCGAAGGUUAUGUCCAAUCACAUUAUUCCUAGGAAGUCUGAAAUCGGUCAACUGGAACUUUGCCUUCCAUUGAGGUUGCUAUUUGUCUUGUAUUCUGAUGGGCAACUUGUCUCAUGUUCUGUGAGUAAAAAAGGCUUAAAGCAAGUUGACUGUAUCAAAGCAGAAAAGAGGUUGUCUGGUGGUGAUGCUGUUUGUGCCUCAGUAGCUCUAGAGCAGCAAAUUCUUGCUGUUGGUACUAAAAGAGGAACAGUGGAGUUGUAUGAUCUGGCAGAAUCAGUAUCACUUAUACGAGCAGUCUCUUUGUAUGACUGGGGAUAUUCAAUGGAUGACACUGGUCCUGUUAGUUGCAUUGCUUGGACACCUGAUAAUUCUGCUUUUGCAGUUGGGUGGAAGUUAAGAGGACUUACAGUUUGGUCUGUUUCUGGUUGUCGGUUGAUGUCAUCUGUCCGACAAAUAGGCUUAAGUUCCAUGUCUUCUCCAAUUGCUAAGCCAAACCAUGAUUGUAAGUAUGAACCACUGAUGGGUGGUACCUCCCUGAUGCAGUGGGAUGAAUAUGGAUAUAGGCUUUAUGCUAUUGAGGAGGGGUCUUCGGAGAGAAUUCUAUCAUUCUCAUUUGGGAAAUGCUGUCUUAGUAGAGGUGUUUCAGGCACUACAUACAUCCGGCAAGUGAUCUAUGGAGAAGACCGUUUACUGAUUGUGCAGUCAGAAGAGACUGAUGAACUUAAAAUGCUACAUCUUAAGCUUCCAGUUUCUUAUAUUUCCCAAAACUGGCCUGUUCAACAUGUGGCAGCUAGCCAAGAUGGGAUGUACCUAGCUAUUGCUGGUCUUCAUGGUUUGAUAUUGUAUGAUAUACGAUUGAAAAGAUGGAGAGUAUUUGGAGAUGUUACUCAGGAGCAAAAGAUUCAGUGUAAAGGUUUGUUAUGGCUGGGGAAGAUUGUUGUUGUCUGCAACUAUGUUGAUUCAUCCAACACGUAUGAACUGCUCUUUUACCCAAGAUAUCACCUUGAUCAAAGUUCAUUACUCUGUCGAAAACCAUUGCUUGCUAAACCAAUGGUGAUGGAUGUGUACCAUGAUUAUAUGCUGCUUACUUAUAGACCAUUUGAUGUCCACAUAUUCCAUGUAAAAUUAUUUGGUGAAUUAGCUCCCUCAGGAAAUCCAGAUUUACAGCUUUCUGCAGUACGAGAACUUUCAAUUAUGACUGCCAAGAGCCAUCCUGCUGCAAUGCGAUUCAUUCCUGAUCAACUCCCAAGAGAAUCUAUUUCAAACAAUUACAGUUCAGUUUCAUCAGAGUCAUUAACAAGAGAGCCAGCAAGAUGUUUGAUAUUGAGAGCAAAUGGGGAACUUUCACUUCUUGAUCUGGAUGAUGGACGGGAAAGAAAUCUUACUGAUUCGGUUGAACUAUUUUGGGUCACCUGUGGCCAGUCUGAGGAUAAAACAAAUUUGAUUGAGGAAGUUUCAUGGUUAGAUUAUGGUCACCGGGGAAUGCAGGUUUGGUAUCCAUCUCCAGGUGCUAAUUCUUUUAAGCAGGAAGAUUUCUUACAGUUGGACCCAGAGCUGGAGUUUGAUCGUGAAGUUUACCCUUUGGGACUUCUUCCAAAUGCUGGUGUAGUUGUUGGUGUUUCCCAGAGAAUGUCAUUUUCAGCAAGUGCUGAAUUUCCAUGUUUUGAACCGUCUCCUCAAGCACAAACAAUACUGCACUGCCUACUCCGCCAUCUUCUUCAGAGGGACAAAAUUGAGGAAGCCUUAAGGCUGGCCGAGCUAUCAGCUGAGAAGCCUCAUUUUUCACAUUGUCUAGAGUGGCUACUUUUUACAGUGUUUGAAGCAGAUAUAUCCAGGCCAAAUGUGAACAAGAACCCGAUCUCAGUUGUUAGACAUGCUAAAAGCUCUCUUUUAGAGAAGACCUGUGACCUGAUCAGGAAUUUUCCUGAAUACCUUGAUGUUGUUGUAAGUGUUGCCAGAAAAACUGAUGGCCGUCAUUGGGCUGAUUUGUUUGCUGCUGCUGGAAGAUCAACAGAAUUGUUUGAGGAAUGCUUUCAACGUAGAUGGUAUCGCACUGCAGCAUGCUAUAUACUCGUCAUUGCCAAACUGGAAGGUCCUGCUGUCAGUCAAUACUGUGCUUUACGGUUGUUACAGGCAACACUUGAUGAAUCAUUGUAUGAGCUUGCUGGGGAGCUGAAUAUUUUAGAAAAUCAUGCUAGUUACUUGAUGUCUGGGAAAGAGCUCUCAAAGCUUGUUGCAUUUGUAAAAGGCACUCAGUUUGAUUUAGUGGAGUAUCUACAACGCGAAAGAUAUGGGAGUGCUCGGUUGGAGAAUUUUGCUUCUGGGCUUGAGCUAAUAAGCCAAAAGCUUCAAAUGGAAACAUUACAGAGCCGCUUGGAUGCUGAUUUUCUCCUGGCUCAUAUGUGCUCUGUGAAGUUUAAGGAAUGGAUAGUUGUCCUGGCUACUCUCUUAAGACGUUCUGAGGUUCUUUUUGACUUAUUCCGUCAUGACGUUCGGUUGUGGAAAGCGUACAGCACCACUCUGGAGUCACAUCCAGCAUUUACAGAAUAUCAAGAUUUGCUGACAGACCUGGAAGAGAGACUUUCAUCAGUUGCAAAUGUAUUUUCAGAUGAGCAAAUGGCUGCAACCUCCUGCCUCAUCCCCUUGGGUCCAGAAACAAAAACUCCUACUCUUGACCCUUCAAGUUCCCUUAGCAUUCCUGUAAAAUGA